GUUGCAGACCAAUGACUUGUGGUUCAUGAAGCGACAAACAGCACUGUACGCGCCGGGAGACAUCAAUGGUGGAGUACGCAUCCAUUCAGGGAAAGGUCUGAGAGAGACCGUUACUGGGGCUUACAUGGAGAGCUGAAACUGAAUAUGAGAUUAACGUCCUUAAUGAUGUACAUAUCGUCGGUUGUGGUAUUUAUUUUGUAUGUAUAUAUCGAUUUUUCUGAAGCUGCACCUCGCAUCAGUUCAUACGAUGCGUCGCCAAUCUCCAGGAAGCCAGACACAGCCUCCGACACCUGGAAGACCCUCCAUACAGAUAUGCCUCGUCGUUUACCCGAGAGCAGAUUCUCUUUAGCACCGUCUUCUGCUAUUGGCAUAGCUAGCUAUAUCCCCCCAAAUACAAUUCUUUCUGCACCAAAUGAGCCAACUACCGCUGAUUUCGACUCCGAGAUCAUUUCAAGCGCAAAGGAAGACAUCGCGGCGCUGAUUUCCAGGUUAAGCGCCCCCCGCAAAAGAUCCACUGAUGCACACAAAUCACACUUUGCCCGGGAGAAAAUGCUACAGACAAUGAUGUCCAUGGUUUCUCAGCGGACAGACAACGAUGCGUGGUCGGCAGAUAGGAUCGCCACAUCUGUUACCUCAGUGGAGAACAGUCAAGAGGGAUUCUGUAAUUGCAGCACCGGAGGAGAGGGGAUUUUGUAUCCAGAUGAGUGUAACCAAAGCACUGGUCAGUGCUCAUGUCUGGACGGCUACAGUGGUCUACAGUGUGACGAUUGUGACGAGGGGUACUUUACCAAUGGCACUAGCGGCUGCCUCCCGUGCACCUGUGACUCAUUUGGUGCAGUGAGCCACCUGUGUGACAGCUCAGGAAUAUGUGCGUGCAAGGCAGGAGUGUAUGGACCCAAGUGUGACGAAUGCCACCCAGGUUUCUUCCACUUCAGCAGCACCGGAUGCCAGCCCUGUCAGUGUCACAAUCACACCAACUACUGCCAUCCACAGUCAGGUGUAUGUGUGAACUGUGUGGGUAACACCCAGGGGAACAAUUGCGAGGAGUGCAAGCCAGAUCAUUACCGCAGCCGUAGCACUGCCCUGACUGAAGACUGUGUCCCAUGCCCUUGCUCCAAUUCUUCCUCCACUGGCACCUGUCACACCGAUCCCAGUGGCUCCCCAGUGUGUGACCAGUGCCUUCACCCGUACUCUGGCCUACAGUGUGACCGGUGCAGUGCUGGCUUCUACAAAGCACCUGAUGCUUGCAUGCCGUGUGACUGUAGUGGAAAUGCAGAUCCUCAGGGUCCCACCCAGCUUUGUGACCCCGACACUGGCCACUGCCUCAGUUGCAUUAACAACACUGUUGGGCCCCAGUGCCAGCUCUGUGCUCCUGGAUUUGCAGGGGACGCCAGGGCUCACAACUGCAGCCGUCUAAUGCCUCAGCACAUUCCCACACCAGCAGGUUACACCACAACAGAGGCCCCCACUUUCAGUCCAGCUUCAUCCUCUAGCAGCAGUCCAAGAGGCAUCCCCACCUCCACAUCCAGCGGCAACUGGAGCACGACACUGGGCACAGCCGCCACCACUCAGGCCCUGUUGACUAGUUUGAGCAGCCCCACCGACAACACCACGGCAGUUCUGACUGACGUCUCCUGGACGCAGUUCAACAUCAUUAUCCUGGCCGUCAUCAUCCUGGUGGUGGUAGUGCUCUUGGGCUUUGUUGGAGGCGUGUACACUUACAGAGAAUACCAGAACCGGAAACUCAACGCGCCUUUCUGGACCAUCGAACUCAAAGAGGACAACAUCAGCUUCAGCAGCUAUCACGACAGCAUUCCCAAUGCUGACGUGUCAGGCCUCCUGGAGGAUGAGGCCAACGAGGUGGCACCCAAUGGUCAGCUAGCACUCACCACGCAGGGCAACUGCUACAAGGCUUAGCACCCCACCCACGCAUCCCAGGACUGGACUUCUUCCAUUUACAAAUCACACAAAGCUGCUGCAAAGUACCAAAUCCAAAGCCCCCUCAUGUAUGACUGACUGCUGUCUGCGGCACUUCACAGCUCCUCAAACUGACAAUGACAUCAUGCCACAUGUGAGAGAAUACAUUUCCCCUUUUUUGAUAGGGUUUUUAUAGAGAAUGAGUGAACCGUGAGAAGUGUCCAAAGAAAAGUGUUUUAUUGAUGUAGUGUAUUGAGAGGACAGUGUGCUGAGUUGUUUAGCAAUUGGAGCAUGUAUGCCGAAAUAAUGAUCGGAACACCAGUUCGAGGACUUAAUGAGCCAAGCAUUUUCACCUUUUGUAAAAUGAACGUUUGACUGUUUGAGUUGAUCACGCUUACUCUUAAACUGAGACAAUGAUUGUUAUUUAAUUUGUAUUCUUUCAUGUAUUAUUUAUUUGGUUGACAUUUCAUUUUUGAGAGAAACACUGCUGUGAUGUGUUUGUACACUGUGUUUUAUCUUGUGUGCUGUUGAAUGGCAGGUAUAAUUGACCAAUUUCGUUUUCAUGUAUAGUUUUCCAGAGAGGGUACAAUGAAGGCUGCUGGGAUAUGCAUCUCUUGUUGAUAGCUUUUUUUCUGAACGCAUGCCAGUACACCUGAUGUAUCCGAGAUGACUGUUUUUUGUUUGUGUUGGUUUUUUUUUCCCCAGAAGCAUCAACAACUUUUCAUGAAAACACAUAACAACUACAGGCCAGUGACAUAAAAUCCUAAGGGAAAUUUUCACCAGCCACAGUCGCGUCUGCUCUUUUGCUGGUUGGCAGCAACUAUUUGAGAAAGUGUUCACAUCGAUGUAGAGAUGGGGUUGGUGAUCAAUUGUUAUCAGUGAAACACAAAUAAUAUUUGAAUAUAAAUUUGGUUAUAAUAAACAUUCCUGAACCUGCAGGCAAUCACGAAUCAAAUUUGCACCGGUGUGAAAGAUCCAUCUUGGUCUCUGUUGCUCCGACUUCCAUUGUUUGUCUGUACAAAUUUUUACCGCUGAGAAUAAUGAGUAAUGCUAAUUGUGAGACUUAAUUCCUCAGGUACUGUCUCUUUUCCCUAAUAAGAUCUUUGUAAAUGUGUACAGUGAAUGAAUGUGAAUAAUUGUACAGGUAGAAUAUUGUGUGUGCAGUGUCACUCAGCGGGCUCAUUCACCGGGGCGCCAUGUUGCAAGUCAGCCCACAGCUUUUUAUAUAAUUUCUUUUUCUUAUUGUCACUGUCAUAUAUCCAGAUGGAGGACUCGAAUGCACGGCCAACUCGUAAUAAAAGUUGAAAUGUGAAUAAUACCCUGAAGUCAGAACUCCAACUUGUAAAUAAAAAGGAUCUAACUGGC